AUGCUGCUAAGCGUGGCGCCGCAGGUGCAUGUCUGUAUGAUUUUGGACACUUGUGGCUGCCAAACAAUUUUGGACCCCGCGGGCACCGGCAGCGUCUGGACCUUCAUCAAAGGAGUUAAGCAGAAGGGGCUGUGGCCGCUCCUCACGGACCCAACGAACCGCAUGCAGCGCGCGAGCUACAACUCGAAUGUGUGGCUAGACCCUAGACAUGCAGGCGCAGCGCGUGCGGCCGCGGUUGUACCUGCCCUGCGUGGAGAUCUCCUCGGCCAACGCCGUCAGGUGUCCUGUCCUUUGCGCCUCCAGGCCGCUCACUGGCAACAGCAAGGCCUACCUCUUGGCAGCAGCACCGUGGAGCCAAGUGGCCGUCGAAGCAGCACUUCCUUCUCUCGAACUUCCAGUUCGACUUUCUCGAGAAGGGCCUCCCCUCUUCGCGCCCUCCAUCACGGCCUCCGAGGGCGGAAAGCCAGUGGUCCACGGCUGCUAGGGGUGUUCACCUGGUGCCUCGUGUCUGUCCUCCUUGAGCUCUUCGGCCCCGCAAAUGCCUCGAGGGGCCGCCGCGUUUCUUACCAGGCCCUCAUCGACAGAGUCAGGAAUCGCAUGCGGGACCUCAAGUGGAACGUUUGCUCCGAAGCGCUGGUGCAGCAGCAGCAGCAGCAGCAGCAGCAGCUGCUGCAGCAGCAGCCGGGCGCCGCCUCCCCAGCAGCAGCAGCGGCAGCAGCAGCGCGGGGGAGGGGCGCCGGCGGGGCGCCGCCGCAGCAGGGCAGCCCCGCGCUUGCUGCUGCUGCUGCUGCUGCUGCUGCUAGGGAAGCUUACAUAGCAGCAGCAGCAAAACACAUUAGUGAUAAAGCUAGUGCAGAAGCAGCUUUGGGAGCAGCAAGUAAUGCAGCCUAUCAGGCCCACCUGCGGAAGCUGCAGGACGUGGCGCCGCAGGCGAGCGAGCUCGCGCGGCUGGUGAUGCAGCAGCAACUGGCUGCGCAGCAGCAGCAGCAGCAGCAGCAGGGGGGCCCCCCGGGGCCCCCGGGGGCCCCCGGGGGCCCCCCUGGUGCCCGCAAACACAGCAAGCGAGGUCUAAAAGAAAAAAAAAUACCCAUUUACGAUGCCUCCCCUCCCCCCAUUUACGAGGCCACGCCAGACUGA